CAAAAUUGUACAAAUGAAUGUAUUUUCAGACAAAUGAUUCCCUGUUCAGUACUUUUUUUGAAUGAUUUGGCGAGCCUCUACGAAGUUGUGAUUUAUGGUUGUAUGGUAUGAGUUGCAUACGGGCAAAAAAAAAAAAAAAAUCACUUGUGUCCCCCCAAUCCUGACAUCGGAUCUGCACCCCUGGAUGGCAAUACAACAACAACAACAAAGUACAUGUGGUGCAAUAAACAAAUGAGCAAAACAGGUUGAGGGAGCUAGUUGGUGUUGAAGUGUACAUGUAGUACAAAGUGUUAUGGAAUAACUUUCUCUUUCCAGUGUUAAGACACUAACGCACAGGAAGGCAAAUCAGAAAAUUGAUGGGUUUAGUGAGAAGAGCCUGGCUGAUGGCUUGUGCUUUGGUAGUUUGUUAGUCUAUCUUGAAUAUCCUAGUGCUGGUCUUCCUGAGUGCUUUGUGUGUAAAUGUAGAGAACCAAAUCUCUCCUGUACCGAGACCGUUAAACACUUGAGCAGGUGUGUGAGAGGUGUGUGUGUGAGAGAGAGAGAGGUGUGUGUGUGUUCUGGCAGUAAAGACCUGUUGAUUUCACAUGUAAAUCAAGCUCUGUGUGCGCGCGCGCUCACGCACGCGCACAGCCCUGAGUCUGAGUGUUGCUAGGACACCGAGGCUGAGUUUCUCAAAGCGAAGCGAGUGACUGUUUACAGCGCAGUUAAACACGGGCUCAUCGCGCCUCACCUGGAGCUCUAACGGAGAACAAAAACAUCUUGUGUGGUUGAAUUAUCAAAAAUGGCAACUUUCACGUCAGUAAACUCUACUGAAACCGCUGACAAGUUAAACAUCCAACUUUCAGCCCUUUGUUAGCUGUUUGUUGUGGUGUAUGAGCGCACAAUCCUGGCUUAAAUUCAGUUCCUGCAUCCUAAAAUACAAUAUCUUAUACACAUGGUGUAUCUUAAACACUUAAAACCCUUAUAAAGUUAAUAAAGCAUUUCAGACUCUCCGCUGCAACCUGUUCCUGUUUGUUCGGUCUUUGGCGCCACCGAGUGGCCGCCUCUGAGAACUACAGUGUGACUUAUUUAAUAUCAUUCAGUUUUUAUACAAACGUUAAUUCUGUGAGCAUAAUGAUCAAAGAUGAAAGGGUAGUAAAAUCUUAGCUCGUUUCGUUUAAAAACCUCCAUCCAUAACCGCUUAGCCUGUCAUAUAGGGUCGCAGGCAAGCUGGAGCCUAUCCCAGCUGACUGAGUGAGAGGCGGGGUACACCCUGGACAAGUCACCAGGUCAUCACCAGGCUGACACACAGACAACCAUUCACAUUCACACCUACAGUCAAUUUAGUCACCAGUUAGCCUAACCUGUAUGUCUUUGGACUGUGGGGGAAACCCACGCGGACACGGGGAGAACAUGCAAACUCUGCACAGAAAGGCCCUCGCUGGGCUCGAACCCAGAGCCUUCUUGCUGUGAGGCGACAGUGCUGACCACUACACCACCUGCCACCAUUUGAUGUGAAAAUUCAAAGUUGAGAGAAUUAGCUUUUUUUUUUUUUAAUUUAUAUUUGAGAUGUAAAUAUCCCAGAAACUACAGUCUAGGCAAAUGAAACUGAACAGCCUUGAUGAGCAAUAUAAGACUUCUUGCUCUUCAAAAUCUGAAUGAGAAAUUCAAAGAUCUUGACAAAAUGUCUUGUGCAGCAGACAGCUGCAUCCAGUUCACACGCCAUGCCAGCGAUGUCCUGCUGAACCUGAACCGGAUGCGCAGCAGGGAUAUCCUCACAGACGUCACCAUUCUGGUCAACAGACAGCAGUUUCGUGCUCACAAGACUGUCCUCAUGGCAUGCAGUGGGCUCUUUUACUCAAUAUUCACUGACUCUCUAAAAUGCAACAUGAAUGCUAUCAGUCUGGACCCGAAGGUUGACCCAGAAGGCUUCGCAGUCCUCCUGGAGUUCAUGUACACGUCCCGUCUCACGCUGAAGGAGAGCCUCAUUAUGUCGGUCAUGAACACGGCCAUCUACCUGCAGAUGGACCACGUUGUCGACACCUGCCACAGAUUCAUUAAGUCCAGUGACUCCUCUAUCAAACUGCCCAGAGAGGAUUUCCUGGUCAGCCCUCUACUUUUACCUCAAGAUGUUCACGGUUACAGGCCACAUGAGGUUGUGGAGAACAUGGCAGGACGAACCGGCUGUUUCCGUGACGGAAGGUCUUAUGGUCCCAUAUUUAACGGAGUGAAUACUUCCAACAACUCCUAUCAUGUUUAUGGCCAGUUCCCCAUGCAGGCUUUUCCUUUUCCUCUCUGUAAGCUGACGGACACCAAGAACACUUUCCCUGACUUUGCCAAAGGAGGCGUCCUCCAACACAAACACUGCCCGCCAGGUGAUGACUUUGUGCUCAGCUCUAACGGCAGCCACCCGAGCUCAUGCCACUCCGAUGCCUACUCCUCCCGGGUGCUGGGGAGAAACGACGACAUGAAAAGGGAGAACCUGCAAGGUUUGGCUCAGUCCGUUGUUACAAGUUCUCGAAAGCACGGACUCGCCAGCCUGGCCCAGGAACAUCCGCGAGACGUAGGUAAAGAGCGGGCUCCUUUGGGUGAAGGUGAACUGAGCCAGCAGCCUUACUCUAUUGGUAUGGCCUCCAGUGGGCGCAAGGCUCUGAUUGGCAGCCCGCAGAGCCCUUUAAAAUCCGACUGCCAGCCCAAUUCGCCCACAGAAUCGAGCAGCAGCAAGAACGCCGCGCUCUCUCAAACCUCUCAGCCUCUGACACCACAGGGCACUCAGGACCCAAAGGCUCGCAACUGGAAAAAAUAUAAAUUCAUUGUGCUCAAUCAGAGCACCAAGGAAGAAGAGAGUGGAGCUCAUGAACCCGAGAUGCGCUCACCACAGAGGCUGGCUUUUCAUCCGUCAUCUGAAUCUGAGCAGCCAGACAUGCAGGCUGCCAGCACGAAGAUCACUGACCAUGGAGAUGACUUCACUGUGCCCCAAGCCAGCCGCCUCAACAAUAUUAUUAACAGAAGUCUGGAGGGUUCCCAGAGGAAUGGUGACAGCCACUCUUCUCUUUAUAUGAGCCACUUAAAGUGCACAUCCUGUGGCUCACAGUCCCCACAACACUCAGACGUUUGUCCUAACACUCCCGGCUCGCGUCUGAAUGAGGAGAUGGCCGAGCUGCACUCGGAGUAUUCUGACUCCAGCUGUGAAAACGGUACCUAUUUUUGUAGUGAAUGCGAUUCCAAAUUUGCCGAGGAGGAGGUCUUAAAACGCCACAUGCAUCAGGUGCACAGCGACAAGCCAUAUAAAUGUGACCGUUGCCAAGCAGCAUUCCGCUACAAGGGAAACCUUGCUAGUCACAAGACGGUACACACAGGAGAGAAGCCGUAUCGAUGCAACAUCUGCGGUGCACAGUUCAAUCGACCAGCUAACCUCAAGACCCACACACGCAUCCAUUCUGGAGAAAAGCCAUACAAGUGUGAGACGUGUGGGGCUCGCUUCGUUCAGGUGGCUCACCUGCGCGCCCACGUCCUGAUCCAUACAGGAGAGAAGCCAUAUCCCUGCGAAAUCUGUGGCACACGAUUCCGGCACCUGCAGACGCUCAAGAGUCAUCUGCGCAUACACACGGGAGAAAAACCUUACCAUUGUGAGAAAUGCAACUUGCACUUUCGCCAUAAGAGCCAGCUUCGGCUGCACCUGCGACAGAAGCACGGUGCCAUCACCAACACCAAGAUCCAGUACCGUAUGGCCACAGCAGAUUUGCCAGAUCUAACAAAGGUCUGCUGAACGAACACACACACACACACACACACACACACACACGGGCCAAACCACAGCAUUCUCUGAGCCCUACUCGGACAAUCAUCUGAAACUGUAGUGCCACACUGUGUUGCUCCGACAAGAAGAAAAAAAAUUGAGGCAUUUAAUGCCGUUCUACGGGUUUCCUCUAUAUGUGAACAUAGAACCAUAUAAGGUCUCUUGUCACUUUAUUGUUUAUAUUUGCAUAUAAAUAUACAGUAAUGUUAAGUGUUUUUAAGCUUUCAGUUAUUAAAAAAGCUUUAUUUUGUUGGGGGGAAAAAAAAGGAGGAUGGAAUGUAAAUUAAUCAAAUUUUUGAGAAUACGGUAUUUUAUAUCAAAGAAGUUACUUUUCGGAAAGUAUAGGAAUUUUAAUUGAAGGUCGGUAUAUUUUAUGGCAGUGUAAAGAAUUGUGUCCAGAGAUUUUUAUGUGUACGGGAUACACCAUACUAGAAUGGCCUCCUUUACAAAAUCACAUCUUGGCUGUGCCUAUAAUUGGAUUUAUUUGUAUAUGAGAAUAAUGGCUGCACUCAAAGUGUAAAACAUUGCAUGAGGUGGGUUGCUACUGGCCAACGUUCGUUAAAGUAAGAAACUGCAGACAAGUGUGACGUAAUGCAUAGUUGCAAUGCAUAUUCCCAAGGUUGUGCUCUGCUGGCAGAAGCAAUCUUUAAUUAAAUAAUAUUAAAAUAUGCAUUAAAAACAGAUACUGCUAUGGUACAACAGUUAUUUCACUUCAACUGUGUUUGUAUAGAAAUGUGACUAUUUCUGUUAGCAAGUGAAGGUUUACAUUUGUCAUUGUUCUAGAAGCUACAGUAAAGGUUGUAUUACUGCGCUUUUUGCCCUCUUUAUGUAUACACACUGUGUAUUCAAGGUGCCUUUCUCAGUGGUGACUGAAUUGCUUUCUGUUACUCUGCUAAGGUACAACUGAAGGACACCACUUGUCCUGUGUUUUUGUUCUUUAUUUUAUGUACAUUUUUUUUAACAUGCUUUUCACCAAUUCAAAUUUCAGAGGAAUAAAAAAAAAAACAAAUUCAUUACUGCUUGAACCGUGCAUCUUUAGGACUUUUUGGGAUUGGGCUUUUUCUAAAAUGCAUUAAGCUAACUGUACAUGUGUAUGAAUGUAAAAUAAAAGUGUUGAAUUUCUAUGUACAA